GCUUCGGCUUCACAGUAGACACGCCAUUCUCUCUCUCUCUCUCUUCUUUCUCUCUCUUCUCAGGACCAGCAUGCAAGCGCCACAACAACCUCCCUACUUUUCCACUUUUGACCCUCAUGCCCCGACCCCUCCUCCGUCGCCUUCAACUCUCGCCCGAGUCUCGUCUUUCCCUCGCGCCCCGGCAUGGCUUUCUCCGACGUGGAAGCGGUGCUCGAGUUCUUGAGGAAGAACGGGUUCUCGCAGGCGGAGUCUGCUCUCAGGGAGGACAUCGUCGAGAAGGGCGAUCUGGGCUCCUUGGACUUCGAGAAGUUCUUGUUCCCGAUGGCCCCUCCGCCGCCGCCGGUCAGGGUCCCGCCGAGCUCCCGCCCGUCGGAGCCCGGCGGCGGCGGCGGCGGUUCCGUGAGGUCGAGUGGCGCGUCUUCCGACGACCGGUUCGUGAGCGUGGGCUCUUCGACAAGUGACGUGUGCUCUUCAGAGUUCGUCAAUCCAUACGGAGUUCGAUCUGCCUCUAGAGCCAAUUCUGAUGCUUCUUCUGAUAGGCUGUCCCAGUUCGGCACGGCGCGUGCAUACCCCGAUUAUGAUCUGCAAAAUGACUUGUACUGGUACGACGACAAGGACGAAGGACACUUCCUGACUCCAUCCUUUCGAGGAUCAGAGCCCUUUGGCUGCCCGACUGAGGAUAAGUUCAUUACGAAUUCAGAGUUGCGGGAUUGUCUUGAUAAUUCAGUGGAUUUUAAUGGCACGCAUGAUGUAUUUCGAUCGGGUUUAAAUGCUGAGUACUCAGAUAAGCCUAGUCUCUAUGACACGGCCUUCGCAAAGGAAGGACAAAAGCUCCAUGUGUUUGAAAGUCGUCAUUUUGAUGAAGAGGGUCAGUGCGAACUCUUUAAAGGUAAGGAAGAGGAUUCCAUGCCAUAUGGGGGACGUCUCAUGUAUGGAAGCUAUUUGAACCUUCAAAGCAAUGAUACAAUCGGCUUCACUUUGGGGGAUGUAGAAGGUGUGUGCUCUGAAGAUGAUUCUGGCACCAAACAUAUAGCAAACGCAAGUUCUAACAGAUACACAAUGAAGCACACUCCUGAUGAUUCUGUUGAUCAGCCUCGAAGUAGCUCUGAUUUGCACAAAAGGGAUCCGGGGGAAGAUUUUAUAUAUGAAAAUAUCGAACAAAAUGAAGAUGUUGGUGAUCCAAUAGAGAAUGGAGAUAUCAGCAAUCCUGAAGCUGUCGGGGACCAAGGGGAGGAGAGUGUUUUUGCUGAUGAGAUUUUAAUGCAAGAAAAUCAGGAAGAUGAAUAUGAAAUCUUUGACUUGAGGAUCAUACACCGGAGAAACAGGACUGGAUUCGAAGAAAACAAGGAUCUGCCCAUCGUGCUAAAUACUGUAAUCGCAGGGAGAUAUUAUGUUACGGAGUACCUUGGCUCCGCUGCUUUCAGUAAGGUUGUUCAAGCACAUGAUUUGUACACGGGGGUGGAUGUCUGUCUGAAGAUCAUAAAAAAUGAUAAAGAUUUCUUCGAUCAGAGUUUGGACGAAAUAAAACUUUUGAAGCUGGUAAAUAAGCAUGAUCCUGCUGAUGAAUGCCACAUACUGCGCCUCUACGACUACUUUUAUCAUCAGGAGCAUCUCUUCAUUGUUUGUGAGCUUCUUCGAUCAAAUCUAUAUGAAUUUCAGAAGUUUAAUCAAGAAUCUGGCGGGGAAGCAUAUUUCACGCUGAACCGAUUGCAGGUCAUAACUCGUCAGUGUUUAGAGGCACUGGACUACUUGCAUCAAAUGGGGAUUAUACACUGCGACCUAAAGCCUGAGAACAUUCUCAUCAAAAGUUAUAGAAGAUCUGAGAUUAAAGUCAUUGAUCUGGGAAGCAGUUGCUUUAAAUCAGACAACUUGUGCCUCUAUGUCCAGUCUCGUUCCUAUAGAGCUCCCGAAGUCAUCCUGGGCCUUCCUUAUGACCAAAAGAUCGACAUUUGGUCCCUUGGCUGCAUCUUGGCAGAACUCUGCUCUGGCGAAGUGUUAUUUCCAAAUGAUGGAAUUGUAAUGAUUCUAGCACGCAUGAUCGGCAUGCUUGGACCCAUUGAUCAGGAGAUGCUGGAACAAGGACAGGAGACUCCCAAGUAUUUCACGGAGGAAUAUGAUCUCUACUACAUUAACGAGGAGACUAACCAAUUGGAGUACAUAAUUCCCGAGGAGUCGUCGUUGGAAGGACAUGUACAGGUUUCUGAUACUGGGUUUCUUGACUUCUUGAGGAACUUGCUGGAGAUCGACCCCAAUAGGCGUCCUUCUGCGAGUGAGGCAUUGGAGCAUCCAUGGCUUUCAUACGAGUACUCUUUCCCUUCCUGAUGCAAAACAGGUCAUGCCAAUAAAUUUUGCAUUACAUUGAUUGGUAAGUGCUAUUAUUUGAGCGCUGAAAAAUUAGAAAAGCCUUAGUGUACAUGCAGCUUACUGAUUUUUCGCUUGUUCACAUAUAUAUUUUUUAAUUUCCUCUGUACAAAGCUCCCGAUACAGAGCCUUCCGUCUCCGAGUGAAUCCGAGCUUGUAAAGAUGAAUAGUUGUUGUACACAUGCUUCAUGUUACAUCAUGUUGAUUGAGAUUGUUCGAUAUAUGAGAUGAAAGAAAAUUUUCUCGUA